GUAGUUCCAAUCACCCGAGGAUAAAAAUCUAUCUGCAAUAUGCAUGGCCGCCUAAUUGUGGCCAUUAUUUACUCAUGCUUGUUAGCCUCGCCUGUUGCUUCUAUUAUAAUAUAGGCUGAACACCAACCUCAAAUCCAUACCCGAUGAGAAUUGCUGCCUGCCUCUAGUUUGUUGUAUGAUAAAAUGGGGGGUUUCUUCAGGGGUUGCAAGGCCGCAGCAGCUUCUUUCAUUCUACUCAACGUCAUAUUUUUCACCACUGUUUCAUCUAGUAACGUUCCAUGCACUCCAAAAAGUCCUCCCUUAACUCCCUCUACUCCAGAGAAGCCUGCCAAAUGCCCAAAAGACACUCUCAAGUUUGGGGUUUGUGGCAGCUGGCUAGGGUUGGUAACUGAGGUUGUGGGGACUAAACCAAGCGAGGAAUGCUGUACGGUGGUGAAAGGCCUAGCAGAUCUUGAAGCUGCAUUGUGUUUGUGCACCGCUAUUAAGGCAAAUGUAUUGGGAGUUGUGAAGCUGGAGGUACCUGUUGCCCUCAGUUUGCUUGUUAAUGGGUGCGGCAAGAAGGUCCCUGAAGGCUUUGUGUGUGCAUAGAUGAAGCUCGAGUGUCUCAGAAUCAGAUGUCUCUUUUCUGGAUCAGUGUUGAUUUUGAUGCUCUUGUAACCUUGUUGGUCUGUGUUUCUCAUUUAAUAAAGCAAAAUUGUCUGCG